AGAGACUACGGCAAAACGCGGGGAGUCAACGAUCCCCCGAAAAGUUUCAAGUUAUAAGUUUUCAUUUAACGUCCUUCACCUCACCUAACGAAAAUCACAGGAGAUCGAAUAUACAUUUUCUCAGCUCCCAAAAACUUCGCGUUUUUCCUCCGCAGAUCAAAUACUGGUGAACUUCAGAAUCAUGGCUCAUUCAGCUAGCAGUUCAUCAAAGAAGCUCAUUCGAAUUGAUAUCAGUUCAGAUAAUCUAUGUCCUUGGUGUUAUGUGGGCAAAAUAAAUCUAGAUAAAGCUAUUGCCGCAUCCAAAGAUCAGUUCAAUUUUGAGAUACAUUGGCACCCUUUUUUCCUAGAGCCUUCUGCGCCAAAAGAAGGUGUCAACAAGAGGGAUUUCUAUAAGAGGAAGUUUGGUUCUCGAUAUGAACGCCUUAUAGGCCACACAACUGAGGUAUAUAAAAGCCUUGGCCUAAACUAUAACAUGGAGGGGCUAACGGGAAAUACUCUGGAUAGCCAUAGGCUUAUAUACUUUGCAGGCCAACAAGGACUUGAUAAGCAACACAAUCUCGUCGAGGAGUUUUUCAUUGGAUACAUGACACAGGGAAAGUAUAUAGGUGACCGGGAGUUUCUUGUGGAAUGUGCUAAAAAGGUUGGUGUGGAAGGAGCAGCUGAGUUUCUUGAGGACCCAAACAAUGGCCUCAAGGAGGUGAACGCGGACUUUGAGAAAUACUCGGCACAUCUUAGUGGUGUCCCUUACUAUGUGAUCAACAACAAGCAGAAGUUCACUGGUGGGCUGCCUCCUGAAGGCUUCCUUCAAUCCUUUGAAGCUGCAACUAAGUAAUGGCCUUGAAACACCAUGAUUGUACACUAAUCAUUAUUUCUGUUACCAUAUUUGAACUUGUAUAAGUAAAUGUAAAUUAUUCAACUAACAAUGCGAACACAUGAUUGUGUGGUUGUUGGUUCAUUGCAUAUGCGUGCAUGUUUAUAAUUUGUAUGCUAUUAUUUGAACAAUGUUUAAUAUGAACAAAAAUUCAUUUGCAGAAGUAUUGUAUUUAACAAUCCUGUAACCUUUAUAAAAGGAGUCACUAAUAUUCUGUUCAAUAAUAAUCAUUAUAUUCUAUGCUUC